CGAGGACGCAAGAGAGGACUCGGAGGGGUGUAUGGGCGAAAGCGGGGAGGCGCAGUGCGCGUGCGCGGAGGGGUCUUUAUUUCCCUGCCUCCCCCUCCUCCCGCCGGCCUUUUGGUGUCGCCCAAAGAGAGAUUGAGCGCGAGCGCUGAGGGGAAAGAAGCGAAGAGGCGCCAAGGCUCCCUCACGGAGCGGACGCCGUUUUACCUCACGGGAGGGAAGGAAGGGAAGAAAGGCACGAAGGAGAAGAAGAAGAAGAGCCAGAGAUGGAGUCCGGCGGAGGCGGGAAGAUGACAGCCCGGUUGAUGCUGGCCGUGGGAGGAGCGGUCAUCGGCUCCUUGCAGUUUGGGUACAACACCGGUGUCAUCAACGCCCCGCAGAAGGUGAUUGAGGAGUUCUACAACGAGACGUGGUUUGCGCGCUACGGGGAGUUUGUGAGCCGCGGGACCCUCACCACGCUCUGGUCGCUCUCGGUCUCCAUCUUCUCCGUCGGGGGCAUGAUCGGGUCCUUCUCCGUCGGGCUCUUCGUCAACCGCUUUGGGCGGCGGAACUCGAUGCUGAUGUCGAACAGCCUGGCCUUCCUGGCGGCCAUCCUGAUGGGCUUCUCCAAGAUGGCCUCGUCCUUCGAGAUGCUGGUCCUGGGCCGCUUUGUGAUCGGGGUCUACUCCGGCCUCACCACGGGCUUCGUGCCCAUGUACGUCGGGGAGGUCUCGCCCACCGCCCUGCGCGGAGCCCUCGGCACCCUCCACCAGCUCGGCAUCGUGGUCGGCAUCCUGGUCGCCCAGGUCUUUGGGAUGGACCUGAUCCUGGGGAGCAAGGAGCUGUGGCCGCUGCUGCUGGGCUUUGUCUUCGUCUUUGCCUUGAUGCAGUGCCUCCUCCUGCCCUUCGCCCCCGAGAGCCCGCGCUUCCUCCUCAUCAACCGCAACGAGGAGAACAAGGCCAAGAGCGUGCUGAAGAAGCUUCGCGGCACGACGGACGUGAGCAGCGACCUGCAGGAGAUGAAGGAGGAGAGCCGGCAGAUGAUGCGGGAGAAGAAGGUGACCAUCCCGGAGCUCUUCCGCUCCCCCAUGUACCGACAGCCCAUCCUCAUCGCCGUCGUCCUCCAGCUCUCACAGCAGCUCUCCGGCAUCAACGCGGUCUUCUACUAUUCGACGAGCAUCUUUGAGAAAUCCGGGGUCCAGCAGCCGGUCUACGCCACCAUCGGCUCCGGGGUCGUCAACACGGCCUUCACCGUCGUCUCGCUCUUUGUGGUGGAGCGGGCUGGGCGCCGGACGCUGCACCUGGUGGGCCUGGCCGGCAUGGCGGGAUGCGCCGUCCUCAUGACCAUCGCCCUGGCCCUCCUGGACCAGAUGGCGUGGAUGUCGUACCUGAGCAUCAUUGCCAUCUUUGGCUUUGUGGCCUUCUUUGAGGUCGGUCCGGGCCCCAUCCCCUGGUUCAUCGUGGCCGAGCUCUUCAGCCAGGGGCCCCGCCCGGCCGCCUUCGCCGUGGCCGGACUCUCCAACUGGACCUCCAACUUCAUCGUGGGCAUGGGCUUCCAGUACAUCGAGGAGCUGUGUGGGGCCUACGUCUUCAUCAUCUUCAUGGUGCUGCUGGUGAUCUUCUUCGUCUUCACCUACUUCAAGGUGCCCGAGACCAAGGGCCGGACCUUCGACGAGAUCGCCUCGGGCUUCCGCCAGGGGGGCGCCGGGGGUGGCGGCGGCGGGGACAAGACCCCCGACGAGUUCCACAGCCUGGGCGCCGACUCCCAGGUCUGAGGGUCCCCCGAAGGGGAGGAACGGGACGGACGGACCCCCUCUUUCCGCCACCGCCGACCCCGUUUACGGCGGGAACGGACUCGCUCGACCCUCGUCUCGUUUGCUGGAUCGCGACCGGCAGCAAAUCCCGGACGAGCCCCCAAAUCGGAAGCGAAUCCCGGACGAGCUCCCAAAGCGGAAGCAAAUCCCGGACGAGCUCCCAAAGCGGAAGCAAAUCCCGGACGAGCUCCCAAAGCGGAAGCAAAUCCCGGACGAGCCCCCAAAGCGGAAGCAAAUCCCGGACGAGCUCCCAAAGCGGAAGCAAAUCCCGGACGAGCCCCCAAAUUUGGAAGCAACCCGACCUCGGUUUCACUGCAUUUGCAACACUGGAAGCGAACCUUUUUAGGACAACAACAACAUCGACGACGACGGGAUCGGAACGAAACCGAUUCCAAAAGGCCCGAGUUCUUCUUUUUUUAAAGGCUUUUUAGUGAGCGCGAUAGGCGCGGAGUCUUAGGUCAAGCCCUCACCAGCAUGUAUUUUUUUACAACGUUUUGAACACAACGUCCCUGACGUUUGGGACUCUUUUGGCAUCCAAUGAGCCACGGAAAGGUCAAUGGGAACCGGGAUAUGUAUGUUUCGGACGCAUCGCAAAUGGUCAUCGCCUUCGAUUUGGACGUGGAUUUAUUUUGUAUUUUUACGCGUUUCCUAAGCCGCAACUCAUCACCAGCACCGACGUAAAUCUAGGAGCCACUUGUAGCAAUAGUUGAGUUAAUUCAAGCAAGGAAAAACAUUCCACACUCUGCCAGCGAGGCACCGAGUUGAUUGCCAAACCCUUCUGUCCCAUAAACGGGUGGGAUUUCAAGCGAGUGUUAACGAGAGAACAAGAGCCAAUGCAGGCUUUUUGAGCAGAGGCCGGAUGGACAUCUGUCGGGAGGGCUUUGAUGGUGCCUUUCCUGCACAGAAGCAGGACUGGAUGGCCUUUAGGGGUCCCUUUGAGCUCUGUCAUUCUCCGCUUCCUUCCUUUUCUCUCUCGGAUGGAUAUAUAGAAUCCAAGACUAGGAUCAAUACAUAGUUAGAUAGAUAGAAUCCAAGACUUGGAGGGGACCCCAAAGGCUAUCCAGUCCAUCCCAUAAGAGAUAGAUAGAUAGAUAGAUAGAUAGAUAGAUAGAUAGAUAGAUAGAUAGAUAGAUUCCUAGAGUUGGAAGAGACCUCAAUGGCCAUCCAGUACAGCCCAUAAGAGAUAGAUAGGAAGAUAUAGAGUAGGAAGAGACCCUAAGAGCCAUCCAAGCCAACCCAUAAGAAAUAGAAUCCUAGAGUUGAAGGAAACCUCAAUGACCAUCUAGUCCAACCCUUAAGAGAUACAUAGAGUUGGAAGAGACCCUAAGGGCCAUCCAGUCCAUCCUAUAAGAGAGAAAUGGAUGGAUGGAUGGAAUCCUAGAGUUGAAGGAAACCUCAAUGACCAUCUAGUCCAACCCUUAAGAGAUACAUAGAGUUGGAAGAGACCCUAAGGGCCAUCCAGUCCAUCCUAUAAGAGAGAAAUGGAUGGAUGGAUGGACAGAUAGAAUCCUAGAGUUGGAGGAGACCUCAAUGUCCAUCCAGUCCAACCCUUAAGAGAUAGAGUUGGAAGAGACCCCAAGGGCCAUCCAGUCCAUCCUAUAAGAGAGAAAUCGAUGGAUGGAUGGAUGGAUGGAAUCCUAGAGUUGAAGGAAACCUCAAUGACCAUCUAGUCCAACCCAUCAGGCCAUCCAGUCCAUCCUAUAAGAGAGAAAUGGAUGGAUGGAUAGAUGUAUGGAAUCCUAGAGUUGAAGGAAACCUCAAUAACCAUCUAGUCCAACCCAUAAGGCCAUCUAGUCCAUCCUAUAAGAGAGAAAUGGAUAGAUGGAUGGAAUCCUAGAGUUGAAGGAAACCUCAACGACCAUCUAGUCCAACCCAUAAGGCCAUCCAGUCCAUCCUAUAAGAGAGAAAUGGAUGGAUGGAUAGAUGUAUGGAAUCCUAGAGUUGAAGGACACCUCAAUAACCAUCUAGUCCAACCCAUAAGGCCAUCUAGUCCAUCCUAUAAGAGAGAAAUGGAUAGAUGGAUGGAAUCCUAGAGUUGAAGGAAACCUCAAUGACCAUCUAGUCCAACCCAUAAGGCCAUCCAGUCCAUCCUAUAAGAGAGAAAUGGAUGGAUGGAUGGGUGGAUGGAUGGAUGGAUGGAUGGAUGGAUGGAAGGAAUCCUAGAGUUGAAGGACACCUCAAUGGGCAUCCAGUCCAACCCAUAAGGCCAUCUAGUCCAUCCUAUAAGAGAUAAAUGGAUAGAUAGAUGGAUGGAUGGAAUCCUAGAGUUGAAGACACCUCAAUAACCAUCUAGUCCAUCCUAUAAGAGAUAAAUGGAUAGAUAGAUGGAUGGAUGGAAUCCUAGAGUUGGAGGAGACCUCAAUGUCCAGUCCAACCCAUAAGAGAUAGAUAGAUAGAUAGAUAGGAAGACAGGCCGAGUUGGAAGAGACCCUAAAGGCCAUCCAGUCCAUCCUAUAGGAGAUAAACACAUUCCUAGACUUGGAAGAGACCCCAAGGGACCCCUUCUCCCAUUGUGUAUCUGAUCAGGUUCAUCCCAAUGCCCUAAAGCAUGAGGAAGGGGAAAAGCAUCAGCGUAGUAAUUCAUAGGGUUGUUGUGUGUCUUCCGGGCUGUAUGGCCAUGUUCCAGAAGCAUUCUCUCCUGACGUUUCGCCCACAAGUAGUCCACGUUACCUACGAAGGGAUGCGGGUCUGUUUCCGUGACCCCGAGAAGCCUGUUUUGCUGGGAUGGUGAUGUUGGGGAAGGAAAGAGGAUGUGGAAACGGAGGAGGGAAGGAAGGGGAUCGACUCGCAACAAUAACCCGUUUCGUCCGAGCCCUAACGAACAAGAGAUCGAUAUCCUUUUUGGUGGGAAAUCUGUGAAAACGAAACCUUUUCCUGCUUUGACUUGUGUAAACACUCAAAUAAUAUUUAUAUUAUAUAUAUAUUGUAUUUUUUUUCCCUUUGAUUUCACUGUAAAUACCGACUUUGGGGAUUUUCACUAGUUUUCGACAUAGAUUAACUCACCUGCACUGUAGCUGCGUUGGUUGCACUGAUAUUUUUAGAUUCUUCCGCAGUAUAUAUAUCGAGAUAUAUAUAUAUAUAUAUUUAUCUUCAACUCACCCCUUGGUAUUAAAUGAGCCCUGCCUUCCUCCCUCCCUCCCUGAGAAGAAAAGAUUUUAUUUUUUGGGAGAGAGAGAAAAAGAAAAGCCAGUGAAGAAGAAUCAAUCACACACAUACACACACGAGACAAUGCACAGCUAUUUAAAUAGUCUAUUUUUUAUUUAUUGGUCUGUUUUUAAACGCGGGAAGCCGCAGAAGAAAGAGACAGCGGGAUUUUUAGAAGUUGUUUCAGCCCUUUUUUGAAGUGCCAACUAAAGACGGGAAGGAAAAGCGUUUGUACGGACAAAGAAAUAAAAGAAAUGGUUGGAA